AUGUUUGCAUCGAAUCGGAAUCUACGCACCGGCAUACCCAGCCUCUGCCUCUCCCUGUGCUGGUGUCUCUGCCUCUGGCUGUCUGCGGUGGUCGCGCAGAAGCAGAACUCCACAGCGGACGCCUGGACACCGCUGAAGCCUCCACAGAAGCGGCAGAUCAGCGUCAGUCUGGACUCGGGCGGCUCAGCAGCAGCCGCAGCAGCCAAGAGCUACGAUCCACCGCCGGAGUUCUAUCGAGGACCAGGUUCAGUGCAGAAGCUGGACAGCACUGCAGCUGGAUUUAUAUCCAAGUCGAUUGGUGCACUUCCUCCCGGCGGAGGAGGAGAAUCUGCAGCCAAGAUUGGCGGCUUUAAAGAAAGUCUCAGCGAGGCCUACGACAAGUGGCGCCAGGGAGGCGGUCGCCCGCUUCAGGAUCGCAUCGGCGUGGGUCAGUACGGAAGCAGCGGAAGCGAAGCAGGAGGCAAAAGCUAUGCUUAUGAAGGACAUCCCUAUCCGUACGACUACGCAGCAGGACCCGCACACGGCUACGAGCAGGGAGCUCUGCCUGGCCACGGCUACGAGCAGGGACCACCAGUGCCCGGCCACGGAUACGGCUCCAGUGUCGAGGCGGGAGGACCGCCAUACCACGUCUACAGGCCGCGACCCGAGCCGGGACACUAUGCGGGACCAGGUGUGGAGUACAGCUACAGCUCGUAUCCCAUCGACUCUCACGAGAUUGUCGCGCACAAGGGAUCGCCGGAAAUCUCACCGAAGGCACUGCUGGCCAAGAGCUUCCUCAUUCCGCUGGCCAGUGCCACGGUCUUGGGCAUAGCAGCAGCUCUGAUCAACAAUCCGCUGCUGUUUCAGCUCGCCCCAGUUCCGGGGCUGGGGGUCGGAGUGGGUGUCGGCCCCUCCAUUGUGGGAAAGCGUAAGAGGCGAAGACGCGCGAUUCGAUUAUAG